UACGGUUACUUAGCAACCAAGCAACAAGAUCUUGCAAGCACUGACUACAAGAGGAUACAAGAUGGCAAGCUACAAGCUGCCAAUGUCCACCAUUAGUCCAACGGACAAGAGGAACGAUCUCCACUUGACCAGCACUGGCAUAGGACAUACAUACCGCCAAGAACCAGCAGCAAAAACUAGAAAAAGCUAUCUAUUAGAGCCACUUCCUGCAAAAUAUUCUCAUCCUCAUCCUCUAUUUGCUGCUACUAGCAUUGAGAGCACAUACUCGCCUACAACAGCUACUGAGCAUUGCUAUAAACCAAUCGAUUACAUUGAACAAAAGGACAGCAUUUACAAAAGAUCUCCGACACUCCAUAAGAUAAACUACUUACUGCAUGUAAAAGACAAGCUAAAUGAAAAGAGUUGGAGGAGACCACUGACUAUGAGUCAACAGAGAAGCGAAAUGAAAGACAAUUAUCAAGGAAAGAAGGAUGACAUCAUAAGACGAACUGACCAAUCAGAUCCGAUUGAAACGAUACUAGCUGAUCACCAUAGCAAUGGGCCAACAAAAACAAUAAAUCCAACAGAUACAAACAGACAAUUGCAAGGACAGCCAUUCAAUGCCCUUGAUCAAGCUAUCCUUCAUGUUCACCAACCAUACUUGACUACUAACCACUGGUACCACAGGAGGUUUGGUAAAAGGGAGCUACAGAGCUAUCCAAAGAAAGACAUAGCCACUUACUGGUCCACUGAAGGAUACCCACAAGCUUGGGGACAUGGACCAGCCAUCAAUCCAUUGCCUAAGCUACCACACAGUGAAAGGACAGAUAGACAAGGAACUAGUAGAUUAACCUUUAGCCAAACCAGAAGACAACCAGUACUUGUAUCAAAUGGAUUGAAGACACAGUACUCCUCACAAUUUACUGAUCAUUCUAAGAGGAACCCAUUCCAAACAUUAGUACCACCAACCUUUGCAUCAACAGUUAUUGACACUGAUCUGCUGGAUACAGUUCCCAACAUGUACAAGACUACUAACCAGAUCUAUGGACACAGGGAUCCACUCCAUAUCUAGUUGAAGAAAUCAUUGUAUUUAAUAAUAAUAAUAAUAAUAAUUAUUAUUAUUAUUAUUAUUGAUUUUUAAAGUA